AUGGGAAACAUACCGGUGCUAAGAAUUGCUGACUUGGAGCUAAUCAAAUUAAUUCUGGUGAAAGACUUUCACGUGUUCGUCGACCGGAACAUAGUAUGGGCCGCGAAAACGUCGAUCCGUAGCCUCAAUCUGAACCAACUUUGUGGCGACGACUGGAAACGUGUCCGCUCUAUAGUAACGCCUAUUUUCUCGUCGGGGAAAAUGCGGCGAAUGUACCCUCAGAUCAAGCAAUGUUUGACGUCAUUCAUGAACUAUUUGGAUGUACCGGCUGAAAAUCGCGAAGAAUUAGAUAUGUUUGACACGUUUAGCAAGUUUUUGCUAGAUGUGAAUUCCACUACAAUUUUCUCUACAAAACUAGAUUUGUAUAGAACCCCUACAGAUGGCGAUACUACUAGUGAACACCCGUUUGUUGUCCACGCGAGAGAUAAGCUUGUGUUUAAGGAUUGGAAAGAGAUGGCGUCACUAGUGUUACCAAAUUUUGUUCUUAAAUUUAUUCGUUUGGCGGAUUCGAAAGCGAAUAUAUUUUUCGAAGACUGUGUCCGCCAUCUAUUGAGGGAGAGACGCGAUAAUCCGGGUAAAAAACAUGAGGAUUUUGUUCAGAUGCUAAUGGAUGCUGAGGUAACUGAUAGAAAGCCCGACGAUGAUAGUGACACCAUUCAAGAUAAUAGUGAAAGUCAUUAUGUGAAUCAAGGCGCGGAGUCGUUGGCCGUCGAGCGAAAAGUGAUGGACAUUAAGAUUAGGGACAAACAUCUGACAGAGGACGAGGUUGUGGCUCAGGGACAGCUAUUCAUGUCGGUUGCCUUUACGGCCACCGCAUCGACACUGGCGCUCACGGCUUACGAGUUCGCCCUAAACCCUGACUGUCAGCGCCGCCUACGGGACGAGAUUACAGGCGCUAUCAGCGCCACCACCGGUGAGAUAGAGUACGAUGUGUUGGCACGACUACCCUAUUUGAAUGCCGUCGUGUCGGAGACCCUGCGCAUACACGUCACACCCAUUUCCUUGUUUAGGUACCCGUCUGUUGAUUAUAGGUUAGGCGAUACGGGUAUUACUUUGAAGGCCGGCCAACAGAUAGAGAUUCCCGCCUACGCUAUACAAAUGUCGGAUGAGAAUUAUCCGGAUGCUUUUAAGUAUAACCCUGAUAGAUUUAUGCCCGAGAAUAAGCACCUCAUUAAGCCCUACACAUACCUGCCCUUCGGGGCCGGCCCUCGGAAUUGCGUUGGAAUGCGUUUAGCGUUAUUACAAAUCAAGAUAUGUUUGGCUCAUAUGGUGUUGAAGUAUCAGUUCUUCAGGACUCCCAAAACGGACGUUCCGUUGCAAUACCAACGAUCGCUUCAAAUGGUGUUCCCAAAGCGUGUUUUUGUCGGAAUUAAGAAAAUUACAUAAUUGUUAGAUUAACCUUGCUCUUUCCCACUUAUUAAGUUACA